GGAAGUGGCCCAAAAAAAAAAAAGAAAAGUUGUGUGUAUACCACUGUGAUACUGUACGAUAGAGAAAAAGGCACCAUGAAAGAGAGAUAGGACGCUGCGCUGUGAGGAAACACGCUGUUACUACGGAGACAAAGAAACGAGCCGUUGUCGCGGGGGACAGCGCGUCUGAUGCUCCUCUGAGAGUCCCGGAGGACAAACCAGCAUGAACGACAAUUUCGACCGAGCUCCCGGAGCGGGGAGAUACCGAAAUCUUCCAGGAGACUCCUGGCUCAUGGCUGUCGCCGGUGACGGUGACGCACAGACCGCGAUUUUUAACCAAAGGGAGCCGCUGAGACAGCCGCGAACAUCCCCGCCUUUUGCCGAGAACAACAUUAGCACAGCCAGCGACGUCAGUGCUGGAGAUUUUAAAAGACCCCAACAAAAUGCAAAUGCCAACAGUACGUCUGCCUCCAGGACGUGCAAUGAAGUGGAUUCUGUGGUCAAGUCAUCAAAGCUUUCAGCCAAUGCCCCCGAGUUUGUCCCCUCUGGAAUUACCUCAUAUGAGGAACCCGCUUUUUAUGAUGACAGUGGAAGCUAUUACGGUGAACCAACCCUGGCUGAUACGGUCACAGACUUCCUUGGCCACCUGAGCUCCUCACCUGGGUCGUUUGAUUCAGAUAUUGAAUACAUGACUAGCGUGCUCAAUUCCUGGGUUACUACUGAAGAGUUGUUGGUUGAGUUGGUGGAACUGAUCUACACACAGUCUACUACCAUUCCUAAUUUCGCUUACACUGGUGCCAGGCUCUGUAACUACUUGUCCCAUCACCUAACUACCAGCCCACCAAGUGGCAACUUUCGUCAGCUGCUCCUGAAAAGAUGUCAAACAGAGUUUCAGCAGAGGGAUGUAGCUGUCCGAGGAGAUGGGGAGACUCAGAAGAAACUCCACUCCUUUGUGCUCUUUCUGGGAGAGCUCUAUCUUAACCUGGAGGUUAAGAGUGGAAAAGGACCUCCAAAUCGAGCAGAUAUCCUUCUGUCUGCGCUGAAUGACCUGAUGAACAGUCUGUUCAACCAUCCUGUGGAUGCAAAUCUCAUCUGUGCUGUCAAACUGCUCAAGCUGACAGGCUCUGUUUUGGAUGAUGCGUGGAAAGAGAGCGGAAAACGACACAUGGAAGAACUGAUCAAAAGAAUAGAAAAUAUUCUACUGGAUGCCACCUGCAGCAGGGAUGUCAGACAGAUGCUUCUGAAACUUGUGGAGUUGAGAUCUAGUGAUUGGGGUAGAGUCCGUGCUGCUGCAGCAGCCAGCAACGCCACGCCAGACAAUGACCCCAACUACUUCAUGAAUGAACCCACGUUCUACACAGAAGACGGAACUCCUUUUACAGCAGCAGACCCAGAAUAUGCUGAGAAAUACCAAGAGAUCAUGGACAGGCAGCACUAUUUCCAUGAUAUUUAUGGAGAAAAUGGAAAUGAAAUAUACGAUGAUGACGACGACGACGACUCUGAAGACGAGAUGGGGCCUGAGAUAGAAGCAGCUUUUGAGAGUUUUUGUUUAGAAUCCGAGAGGAAACGACAACAAUGAUACAAGAGUGAGAAUCUGUGAAACUCAACAGGCACAUACUGUACUUUUCCCACUCAACUUUCUGGAAUGUUGAAACACAAAGAAAACUAGCACCAGAUAGGUUUAAACAUUUAUUUUACUGCAAACAAGCAUUUUAACAAAAACAGCUGUUAAUAGUUGCACUUCUGACACUUUUUUCAGUCAGUGUUGAUUAGAAAGUGGGGACAAUCAACACGUUUGGAAUGUUAAGGUAUUAAGAUGUUUUUGGAUAUGGAAGCUCUCUUUUUCUUGUUUUGAUUUCUUUCAGAGACUUCUUUCCUUCAUGCCUAGACUAAAAGCCAAGAGGGAAACGGUGUGCUGUGGAUUUUCUUAGAGUUCCUUUUUUUAAAGGCAGAUAAGAUGUGUGCAUAAUUUGUUGAAUAUUAAUUAAUGUCCCAUGCAUAAACUGCAGGCCAAAACUUAAUUAUUCAUCAGAAAUGCAAAACCCUUAUGUAAAAAGCAUUGUAGAUGGGUGUGGUGACUUUGAUCACCACCAUUUUGGACUUGUGUCUCUUGUCAGGUUGCCAAUAUUGAGCGCUAUAUUUAAAGCUAUUCAACUGUUAAUCUGACUGUAGUUAACCUAAGUGGGCAGGAAUUCUGUGAAAGGCUGUGCAGUUUGGUAGAUGCAAUACUUUCUGUAAAUUCAGUCACAAACCGGAAAGUGGAUAUAGGCAAAGCCCCCUUUUUAAUAUGUUUUUUGGGGUUAAAGCCAAACAAAAUUGUGAGAAUGCGGUGCAUCUUAAUUCAGUUAUUUUCUGAAUGUAGCUUUAAAUAUCUACACAUUUUGCAGUUAGCAGUGAUCAGUUUGUCAUAACUGCAAAAAGGAUUCGUUCUUAUCCAAGACUGACAGACUGUUUACCAGCAAGAACCCAUAAAAAGGAAUGUUGUUUUAUAGUUUGUAAAUAUUAUUUAUGGUGUUGUUUGCCUGCAAUAAAUUCUUUAUAAUGUCA